AUGGAAUCUGGGGAGCGGAGCCCCAAGAAAGGCCCCCAGGAGGAGGACCCGGCUGGAGGGAAGGAGUGGGUGGGACUGGUGCCGGCAGGUUCUGGGAGUGGGAGCUCAGGCAGCCGGGACCGAGCCCAGCUCCCACUACUCCAGGGCCUGGGCUUCCUGGAGGAGGCGGCAGCGAAGGUGCUGGCUGGGGGAGGCCCCGCGGAGCCCCUGUCCUCCCCCAACCCCCCCUCCACCCCCGUCUGCAUGCAGCACGGCAUGCCUGUCGGAGGGCGUGCAGGCAGCUCCGCGGCGAAGCCCGGCAUUGCCUCACUGCGGGAUGCUGCAGCCAGAGGGUCCCCCGGCCUCGGAGGAGGGGACGCCGCUGGGACCCGGCGAGGCGACUGCAUCGUCUGCUACUCGGCCUACGACCUGGCCGGGCGCCUGCCCCGCCGCCUGUACUGCGGCCACACCUUCUGCCAGGCGUGCGUGCGGAGGCUGGACGCGCCCGCCCACGAGCAGCGCUGGAUCCCCUGCCCGCAGUGCCGCCAGAGCACCCCCACGCCCCGCGGAGGGGUGGCCAUGCUGGACCUCGACCUGGCCGCCUUCUUGGCCAUCAAGGCCGAGCGGGAGCCGCCCCGCGCGGAGCCCCCGCCCCCCGCGCCCCUCAAAGGCGGCCCCGCGGUCACUCAGCAGCCCGCCGUGCUCUGCCCGGCCUUGGGCCCCCAGCCCCACUUCCCCCAGCCCCGCUGCUGCUGCUGGGGCUGCGGCCCCCUCUGCUGGGCCCCCCCGGGCAGCCCCGGGGUCUGA